UGAAAAUGGACUUAGGUUCUUCGAUCGGUAUAUUUAUCAUCAACUCAAAUCUUAGCCACUCCUGUUGCACUGGCUAAUUACAGCCACAUAGCUUCGUUUAGCACAUGAAUAACAUUUUAAUGUUUAGAUAAACUAAAUCAGUGUCUUCUUGCAAAGGCUAAACAAACGAAAGUAGUUAUCUGAAAUUAUUCCGACACAGCAAUAGUAUUGGCUUAUUCUGUUGUCAGUGUUAGCUAAUGCGAGCCAGUGAAACCAGUAGUUUAGUUUCCCCACUUUGUCACUCUCACAUCCAGAGUGCGGUCCACAGUGUCAGCGGCUAUGUCUAAUGCAGCACAAUUACUACCGGUCUUUACACAAUUCCCCUCCGCUCAAGUGUGAUCCACAGUUGGCUGAGUCUGCGCAGUCAUGGGCAGAUUUUAUCGCUGGCCAAGAAACAGUUCAGCGGUCUAAGUCAACAGAUGAUUACGCUGAAAGCAUUUCAUGGAAGGGCUGGGGCUGGAAAGGAAUGGAAACUAAACUAGGAGCGAUUCCUGGUGCAGUACGAAGCUGGUACAGUGAGCUUAAACGUGGCUAUGAUUACAAUACAGGUAAAGGAAACGUGACUCAUUUCAAAUCUGUGGUUGACGCUCGUGAAGCUCGCCUUGGCUGUGGUAUCAAAAUCACACCAGGAGAUGGAACAUAUGUCGUAGCUCAUUAUUCCUUAGGUCCUGGGGAGAAAUUCAAGCUUAAUGACUUCACUCCAUCGAAAGACGUGCAAAUAAGGAAGCAGCCCGAUCCUCAGUGCCACUUAAAGUCAUUUGAAAGGGAGCAAUGUGGAGAACUAAAAAGCCCAUUUAUAACCCCUGACAAGUGUAUCAAAGCUGGCUGUUGCUAUGACGACAUGUUUAUGGAUGAGCCUUCACUACAGUGGCACAAUCAGAACGCCUCCAUAUGGUGUUUCAAAAUGAAGAACAUUUUGUCUAAAAUUCCUGGGGCAAGUGAUGUACAAAUAUCUGAACACGGACCAACUUUGGCCCUACCCACCCAGCUUCCCGCUCAACUUUCAAAAGAGAAUCCAGUUGAAAACUUCAAAACGGCGCAGAUCUCAACAGGUAAGAGAUUGUAAUUAAAUGUAUUUGAAAUGAUAUAAGAUCAUGGAACAAAUUGCUAGAUAUAGAUUGCUGUUGUGGCGCUUUUUCAAUUUCAAUAGACCAUUUUACAGUUGUCUGCUCAGUGACCUGG